CUGAUAACCUGAUAAGUUAAAGUCAUUUGAUAACUGAUACCACUUGCCAGUUGCCAGCACUCCAUAGUCCACACGACGUCCUCUCGACAGGCGUGAGGCGUUUAGUAACCACUACAACUUACCAUUACAAACUCUACAUGUAUAUAUUAUUUCAAAUUUGUUUGUACAGACGCUAAAAUGUUAUUCGUUUGUAAUAUUAUGGUGUUAUACAAUCAAAUAUCAAAUAUGUGAAUAUAGCUAGUGGACUUUUAAAUUUUUGUAUACUAGUUAUAGAAAAGGUAUUUCAAUUUGUCAAAUUACAGAAAUGGCUUCGGUUCUUAAAAAACAAAUUUUAAAACAACUAUCGAGGUUCACCAAAGGUCUGAAAGAAGAAGACAUCAAUUUAAGCACGUUUAAAGGAGAAGGUGAAUUGACGUCUUUGGAACUUGAUGAAAAUGCUUUAAUGGAUGUAUUAGAUGUACCGUAUUGGGUACGAAUAACCAGUGCCAAAUGUGACAGAGUUUUCUUUCAGGUUCCAUUCAUGGCCAUCAAGAAAGUUCCUAUGUCCUUGACUUUAGAUAAAGUUUCAGUUGAAAUCGAGACUUGUGAUAAUGUGGAAUCAGUGGCAAUGAGAGAAAAUGUACAGACUGUACAACCAGGAAAAUAUAAAUUUAUAAAUCAAGUUAUUGAUGGCAUGACUAUACAAAUUAAUGAAGUUAAUAUUACUUUUAAAGAUCCUGCUUUCCAUGCUUCUGUUCAGAUUUUGAAAAUAUUAGUUCAAUCUAAGUCCCCUAACUGGGAGUCUACAAAUCUUAAGACAACAAGACUAAAAAAUGAACAGAAAACACAAAUAUUGAUAUUUAAAGAAUUGACCUGGCAAAUGAUACGAAUUGAAUUAUAUUCUACUAAUGAUCGAAAUAAACCACCUAUUAAAUUAUUCACUAAUGAUAUAAUUUGUCGGUUAACUAUUAAGAAGAGGCUUUCAGAUUGUUUCAUUUUGGGAUGCAAGUUAGCCAUUUUAAUUGAAGAGUUAUUGUGUGUUUUUACUGAUUCUCAAAUGAAAGCGGCACUCCAUUAUAUUGAUUCAUUAGCUGGUGUUGUAAAAAAAUCAACAGAUCUUUCUCGCAAGAAAAAAGCAAUUAGAAAACUAGAAUGUUUACCAGAAUAUCAAGCUCAAUUAGAUCAGGAAAAAAGAGGAAAAUUUGUUUCUAGUUCAAAAAGUUCAUGUUUAUUUAGUUUUCAUGAUGUAAUUGAAACAUCAUAUCAUUUUGUUGCACAGAAAAUUAAUCUUCAUCUUAGUGAUGAUCCUGGAAGUCGUUCAUUACAUCCAGAUUUACAAAAAGGUGGUUCAAUACAAAUUGAAGUAACUUGUUUUCAAGUUGAUCUAUAUCCUUAUCAUUUGGCUGAUAGUGAUCGAUUACAUUGGGGUCUUUACAAAAAAGCAAGUUCAUCAUUUUUUCAGUGGCUAAAAGAUUCUCAGUCUGAAUUUUGGGAAAAUCUGUGUACAUUAACGAGAGAGAAUUUCCAAAUUCCUGAUAUUCAAAAAGGAAAUGUUACUAAAUAUUUAAAAGCUCAAUAUUCAAAGCUGAUGACCAGUUGCACAGUUCUAAGAAUGUCUGACUUUGUUGUAUAUAGGGUCCAGUCAGGGAAAAAACAAGAUCAGAUUGCUUUUAUUAAAGGCGAUAAAGAACGACAUAAAUUACCUCAUGAUUCUAAAGUAAUUCAUGCAGAAUUUACUCAUUAUUAUUAUCCUGGAGAUGUAGCAUUCCCUCUGCCGCCAUCAAAAUUUUAUGCACAAUUAAAUCCAGUACAAAUGAACUUUGACACAUUAACUGUAUUAUGGUUAAAUACAUUUGCAUUGAAUGUUUAUAAAUCAUUAAUGACUACUAAUGUAGCAAACCAAGAUAAUUUAGGAAAUAUGAUUUAUUUUGAUAUACUCGUUGAAGCAAUUAUGCCUCGUUUUAUAUUUGAAGAAGAAAAACUUUGUAAUAAUCAAAAGGAUCGUCCCAAAUCAUUAAAUUUACAAACCAGUCGAGCAACUUUGAGUAAUGUCCGUAGUAAUGAACAUGGCAUGUCAAGAUCUGAUUUGGCUAAUUGUGUUAAUGGUUUGCAAUUUGCAUCUCUUUUCUAUUCUUCUGAAUAUCCAGCAAAAGAUGGAGAUUAUCAUCCUGUGACAGAAAAAUUAUUAAACCAUGCUCAAGAUAAUGAUGAUGUGCGAGCAUACCCAAAUAAUAUAACAGUUUUUUCAUUAGAAGAGUUCAUAAAAGAAUUAAGCCAAGAACUUUUGUGGAUCGAAGCUAAAGAUAUUUGGUGUGUGCGAUUAGAUCCUGUUUGGGGUGAUUUUUAUGGUGCCAGAGCAGUUGGAUCUACACCAGUACCUUUUCUUGAAGCUUUUCCCCUAACCUUAUGGGUGCAGCCACCUACUCUUACUAAAAAAUCUGAAGUUUUUAACAGGAGCUUAAAAUAUGGUGAUAUGACAGUAUUAUGUCAUGUUCCAAAUUUAAUCAGCAUACAAAUCAAUCAUUUUCAAUAUCUUUUUCUUUUACGUGUGGCUGAUGCAGUUGAUGAACUUGCUACAUAUAUUGUUGCUGAUCAACAUAGCAUAGUGGGAAGUAAAAAGAGUGGAUCAUUUGUAUUUGCUGCACUAUUUGCUCAAGUUGAAAUAACAUUUGUCACUAGCGCUCAGUUAGAUACAUUGGGCAAAUCUGGAGGUGUUGAUGAUGUAAGCUCAAGUGUUGUGGCAGAUUCAUCAAGUAUAGCAACACAAAGUGGUCAUAGUGCGCAAUUGAGCAAUAAUAUACACACCGCUACUUAUGAGGAUGUUGGAUACGUAUAUGAUAUGAGCCAAGCUUUCAGAAUACCAAUGGCUAUAUCUGGAGCCAGUUCUAAACGAAAGGAAUUUAUGUCCCAAAAGUCAGCUUCUGUUGUGUAUGAUAAUGUCAAAGAAAUGUCUCAAAUAAAAAUGGCAGAAUCAAUUACGUCAGAUAUUAAUUUACCAUCUUUCAAAGGCAUGAAGAAACGUUGGUUUAAUUUUGGAGCAUCUGUUGAUAUUGUAGGAAAACAAAAUAUAGACGAUUAUAGUGAUAAUGUUUCAGUUAGAUCUGAUAUGAGUUCCGAUAGUGAAAGUUUAAUGGACUUGAGCAUAGACACAAAUGAUGGUGCUGAUGUAAUGUUUAAGUUUCCUUCAGCCCAAAGACCAAAAGGUGGAUUUAUUAAAAAUAUUGAAAUGGCUUCUGAAGCAUUUGAUGAUAUUUUUGGAGGAGGAGAAUUAACCCCACCAACCACUUCUAGUGAAAGAGAUUCAAUUGGAAGUUCUAUUAAACGAAAAGAUUUGAUCGCUAUAACCACUUUGAAAUUUGGACGAGUUGAAAUUCUACAUCAAUCAGAAGGUCUCAAUUCAGUUGUUAAAUUACAAGUCACAAAUGUUAGUACAGAAGAGUGUCCAUAUAUUCCAUGGGAUGAAUUUCAGCAUAAGAAGGAUAAAUUUACAACCAGAACACGGGAUUGGAACGAAGUUGAAGGUGUUGCAGGUUUACCACAGAUACCUAGGGUAAUGGUUCGAUUAGAACACAAUAUUAUGCCCCAACGUGAUGAAAAACUGAUUAAUUUGGAUGAAUGGAAAAAUGAUAAUGUCACUGCGAGGAUUAACAAUGUUUCUUUGUCGUUGAAUGCAAACUCGUUAACCAGUUUAGCAGACUUUUUUGUUGACGAACAUCCAUCAAAAUCACUACCAUUUGAGGCAACUAUUGAAAACACAACGAUUAAACUAUGUAGUCCAACCCAGAAUGAUGCAUUACAAGAUGAAACAAGCAUAAAACCAACAGAUACAGAAAUUCGUCUUAGUAGGUUAAAAGUCAAACGCACUAAUGAUGGUUUAGUUUGUGUGGAACCAAUAAAAGAAAAUUGUGAUAGUCCUGAUAGCAGUAAUCAGCUAAUGGAAGUAAUGGAAGAAUUUAAAAAAGUUACUAUUGAAAAUGAAUACCUUCAUAGAAAACUCGGUACUCUUGAACGAUUAAAAGAAGAGAAUUUAGAAUUGCGUCGGUUUCAAGAUGAAAACAAAAGUCUAAAAAUAUUGCUAAGCGAGGCACAAGAUAACAUUAGUAAGUUGUUGGGAGAAAAACAAAAUCUGUUGGAUCAGGUACACGUUUUAAAAGAAACUAAGACUAAUAUGAUAGUGACUUCUUCGAAAAGAUAGCGUACGUGUUGGUGCUUUACUUGCACAAACGAUAGAUCACCAGUAUGACUGUUAUAAAACAAGGUUUUGUAUUUAUAUUGUUGUUUGUGUUAUUGUUAUUUGAUAUAUUUUUUUUAUAUAGUAGUAUAAGCUUGAAAACAUGGGUGCAGUAUCUGAUUAAAUAUCAUAUUCUCCAUGAUCUCAAAAACCAAAUGAUUAAAAGGUUAAAAGUAAUUCAAGUAACAACAUCAACAUACAUUUCUAUUCAUUGAUAAGUAAUUGUACUUAUUAUUUGAUGCUUACAAUUUGCAAAUAUGAUAUUGUUAUGGUACCAAAAAUUAAAGAUUUUUUAUACCUACAUUGGUUGCGAAAUAUUUUCUUUUAAUUUUCUCUUAUGCAUAUCGUAUUUUUAUUUAAAUAUGUUAUAAUUAAGAGAAAGGUAUAAACUCAGAACAUUUGUGUUUUAUGAAUUAAUUUUGUGUCUCCAUCCUGCGUGUUAUAAGUUAAUAUGACUGGUAUGCAUGCUUGUUUUAUUAAACUAUUAAUACUGGUUUGAACUGAGACUACUAUACCUUUAAUUAUUUGUAGAAAUAAUGAUGCUGCUAUUAUGUUUAAAAUAUUAUAG